AUGUCUCAAAAGCAGCAACAACAACAAAACAAAACAUCAGGCGAUAAUGAUGCCGAUUAUCAGGACGAUUACCUUUCACAGCUGAUCAAUGAUGACGCUUCAACCGUUGUUCCCUCCCAGCCAGAACAGGUCAUGUACUCUAGAUCUGAGCACAGUUUUAUCAAUGACGAUGCCACAACGGUAGAAGGCGACGUGUCACACCUGGCGGCCCACGACUCGAGCCAUAAACGUCGUCAAUCGAACGAUAGAAUGCUUUCGUUGCAUUUAAGCCAAUGGAAUUACAAUAAUAACAGGGUAGGGCUCAGUCGCGGUAUUCAAAGCGCGGGAGAACUUAUCCAACUGAUAACAGACGAAAAUGAAACAAGACCGAUUAACGUACCUAUAGGCUCCACUGAGUACCCCCUGCAUAUAUUAGAAAUCGACUUCAAGUUCAGAGGAAACAAAGAUAAUAACGUGAAUUUGGACAAAAAUGCAAUUGCAAAUUUAUUUGCGGUUCGUGCCAAGACUGCAUUGGGCCAUCUCGAGUCCUUACAGAAACGGGUUGAUGAUACGUCUUCAAAGGUGUUCAUUACAGGUGACUUGAAUGCCGGCAAAUCCACUUUCUGCAAUGCCCUAUUAAGACGCAGGAUCAUGCCUGUGGACCAACUUCCAUGCACGAACGUUUUCUGCGAAAUCUUGGAGGCACGGGAGUACACAGAGAUCGAAGAGGUGCACGCAGUUCCCUUGGCGGUGGCCCCCACUGUGAAGGAAGCCACGACAGCCUACAAUAUACGAGAUAAGUCCACAUACAGAGUUUAUCCAAUUGACCAGCUAUCAGAUCUGGUUUAUCGCUCAGAUCUCUAUUCUUUACUCAAGGUCUAUAUCAAAGAUGAUAAAAGACCGGCGGAACUCAGUCUAUUGAGAAACGGAACCGUCGACAUAUCCUUGAUAGACUCUCCGGGUCUCAAUAUGGACUCUAUCCAAACUACCGAAGUUCUUUCGCGACAGGAGGAAAUAGACAUGGUUAUUUUUGUCGUCAACUCCGAAAACCAACUUACGCUAUCAGGACAAGAAUUUAUUCAGGUUGCGAGCAGGGAAAAGAAGCUGAUGUUCUUUGUUGUAAAUAAGUUCGAUCAGAUCAGGGACAAAGGCCGUUGUAAACAGUUGAUCCUUGAUCAGAUCAAGAAGAUGUCACCGGAAACUCAUAAGCAAUCCAAUGAAUUUGUCCACUUUGUCUCCAGCGGUUCAAGGCCCGGGUUUCCCGGAGACGACGGUCCUGACGGCAACGACGAUGAUAAUGAAUUUGAUGCGUCUGAUCCCGACUUUGACAAGCUGGAAACCUCAUUGCGCAAUUUUGUUCUCAAAAAACGGUCUCUUUCAAAGUUACUACCUGCCAAAACAUACCUGACUAAGCUCUUGAAAGACAUCUCAGCUAUUGCGAAAUGGAAUCAAGAAAGAAACGAUCAGGAGAAUAAGGACUUCAAUGCCCAUUUGCAGGCAAUGAAACCCGAGUUAAGAUCAACAAGCGCUCAGUCACAGAGGCUGACCGACCGCGUAGACAAGAUUGUCGAGUCGGCUGUUGGCGAUGCAUACGAUUUCACCAAACACCAGAUAACCAUGGCUUUGGAACUUUCCAUAAAAGAUUUCCCAGACUAUGAGGGGUUAUCGGGGAUUUAUGAUUAUGUGUUGCGUUCAAGGCAAUAUAUUUUGGACCAGAUCAGGGACAGUGUUGGGACUAGCGAAUUCCACGCCAAGAACGAAACGUCUAUCAAGGUAAAAGAAAUUCACACUUUGGGCAAAUCUGAGCUUGGGGAUGAGUUCAUGUCAGAUCGAAAAUUCCAAAGCGAUUUGAUGUUCACCAAAAAGAAGCAUAUGUCGCUGAAAGCGCUGGAUGUUCCUUUCGAUGUUCUGGAUUUAGUGUCACCAACGUGGAAUGGAUUCUUAGGGUAUUUGAGUUGGGGCGUUUUCGGCGACGAUAGUGUGACUGACAAAGAAAGCGAUUUUGGUGAAGCCACUUGGCAUUCCACUCUUGGAUUGGGUAAUUACUCAGUAACCAAAUACUGGACUAAUCCUUCGCUUCUGCUAACAUCCAAAAUUCCUGCUCUUGCUGUGUACUCAUGGGGUGGUACGCGAGUGUUUACCACAAUUUUGGUUUACGGAUCGAAGUUUUUCUCGUGGCAUGCUUUUAGUCGCCUCUCAUCAUCGGUUUUAGUCUUGGGGUCUGUAUUGGGAAUCGCGUACUUGGUGCAUGACCUGCCUCGGGCUUUACCGCUGAAUCUUUCGCAAAAGUAUCGCUCAAAGUUACAGGAAGUUGAUUAUGCACACCGGAACUCCAAGCGAAUUUCCGAUGAAGUACGCGAUGUGCUCAAAUUUCCGUCUCGUGAAGUCGUCAAGUCCUGCGAGGCCAUACUCGGUAAGAAACAAGCAGCAAGACGGGAGAUUGAGACCAAGCUGCACAACAAUAUGCUGUCCUUGAAGUUUUUCAAGGCGCUGGGCCAUCGUGCGGAUACUCAACUUCAAGUGAUCGAACAGAUCAAUCUUGAUGUUGACUAA